AUGGAGGUUCCCCAUUCUGGUUUCGCGCCCAACUAUGGCGCAUCAGGCUCGGGCCAAGCAUCGAUGGACCAGGGAACCCACGAGCCGACAGACCAGGAGCGUAGAGAUUCCAUCUUACAGGCGAGUCGUCGAAAAUCGAAACGCUCCAUGAACAAGCCUAAUGUCAAACUGCGGCAGGCCAACAUCUCUGAUUCAAGUCAGUCUGGCCAAGCUGGAGACAAGAAGAGGAAUAAGCUGGGCUAUCACCGGACCUCGGUAGCUUGUGUAGACCAGGCGCCGUCUCAAACGACUGAAGCAAGACCCAAACCGCAACCGAGACCUGCCGGAGGAUCCAACACCGGUUCCGCAUCGUCUUCUCCCGUUGUACUUCCUGGACAAGCUCUAGAGGGAUCCCAACACUAUCAACACCAUCAAGAAGGAGUUCUGCCCUCGUCACAAAACGUACUACCGACAAUUGUUCAGACUUCUGCGGCUGACAAUCUUGGUCAGGACCCCACAGUCCCCGAUCACUCCAUCUCCGUCAUUCUCGCCGUAUACGUCCCAAGCCCCACCGCCAGCCAGCUGGAGCAACGCAGAUAUCAGUGCUCACAACAACAUGGGAUAUUCGUCAUUUACAAUAGGGAACCCUAUGGCAUACCCAAGAGGCACGCAGAUACCUACACAAUACCCCACGAUGUCACAGCAGACCCGGCAACUCCCCAGAAGGUCUUCGACGGCGAUGACGACUGA